GGCCCAGUCGGGGUGUCCCGGGAGCAGCACGUGGGGGCUGCCGGGGUCCGUCUGUCGCGCGCUGCCGCCAUGCAAGAGUCGGAGCAGCCCGACGGGGCCUCGGGCGGGCCCGAGUGGAAAUCCCGCCCCAACGCGCCCGCCUGCAUGGAGCGCCACAUGGACGGGGCCCACUACGCCCCAGAUGGAGCUCUUCUCCUGGGUGCUUCCAGCUUGAAUGGACGUUGCUGGGUGGGUUCCAUUUGGGUAUUUAAGGAUCCAAAACGGGCCCCUAAUGAAGGCUUUUGCUCUGCUGGGGUUCAGACGGAAGCAGGCGUAGCGGAUCUGAAAUGGGUAGCGGAUAAAGGAAUACUAGUGGCCUCAGAUUCUGGUGCUGUGGAGCUCUGGGAGUUGGAUGAGAACGAAACUCUAAUAGUGAACAAGUUUUGUAAAUAUGAGCAUGACGACAUUGUGACAACAGUGAGCGUUUUCACUAACGCCAUUCAGGCAGUUAGUGGCAGCAAAGACUUCUGUGUGAAGGUUUGGGACAUUCCACAGCAAACAGUGCUGCACUCUUACAGAGCUCAUUCCAGCCCAGUGACAUGUGUGGCCUCUUGUCCUGGUAAGGAUACAGUGUUCCUGUCCUGUGCUGAGGAUGACAGAAUUUUACUGUGGGAUACCAGAUGCCCCAAACCAGCUACACGAAUUGUUUGCAGUGCCUCUGCUUACCUCCCUACCUCAGUUAUGUGGCAUCCACAGCAAAGUGACACAUUUGUGUUGGGUGAUGAAAACGGGACAGUUGCUCUUGUAGACAUAAAGAACCCAGACUCUGCUCUAAGUUCAGCUGUGCACUCCCAAACUGUCACUGGGUUUGCAUUUUCUACACACAGUUCGCCCCUUCUGGCUUCAAUUAGUGAAGACUGCUCGGUAGCUGUUCUUGACUCCAGUCUUUCAGAGGUUUUCAGAAGUCGCUCUCAUCGAGACUUUGUGAGAGGCCUGUCGUGGUCUCCCUUGAACAAGGCCUUGCUCUCUACAGUUGGAUGGGACCAUCAAGUUUUACACCACACAGUUCCAACACAGGCUACUGAAGCUGCUGGAAGCAACAGUGUACAUGACUAGUUUCAUAAACUCAUUGGUCCAGAUUUAUCCCCAGUAUAGCUCUAGAUGUUAUGCACCUGGGAUGUGUAUGGCCCAUUUGCCUGUCUAAGUGCUUGUGGCUUGCAACCAAGAAGACAGGUCCUGUAGCAGCUUUGCAUUAGGCACGAGCUAAUUACAAAAACAGCCCCUUGAUGUAGAGUCCAGAUUCACCUGUGAUAAAGCUUUAACAUGUUGCACCAGAGAAUUCUGAUUUCAGGCACAAGGAAUUGUGGGGAAGUGGGCAAUUAGGUAAAAAUAAAUAAAUAAAACCAUAAAGCAUUUGGCUUUUAUUUGUCUUGGCAUAUCAAACCCCUUACAGAAGUAGCAGAACAGAAGUCUCCUGCCAGUUAAAAAGUCUGGCAGUCUUGUGGAGCCUUGUCUGAGUUUGGAUUAUGGAACAAUGAGAUUAAGAGCAAUGUAAAUUAAUCCUGACAAAUGAAUAGGAAACCUUGAUUCAGUAUUUAUAGCACAGAAAGUCAUUCAUGCAACCUCCGGCACAGUUAGGGAUGCUCUGUCUUCCCUCUUGAGUGUGUGAAUCCUGUAUAGAGGCACGGAAUCUGCUAGUCUAUACUUCUGUGAAUGGACAUCUGAAUGUUCAGAUAAUAAGAGAGACGAUAGAGAUCUGUGCUGUUCAGCAGGAAUGCCAAGUGAAGCUCCCACAGUUGUCCAGUGCAGCCUUUGAAUGCCUUCAGGGGGAAGUAUUACCUAGGGAGAACUAUAAUCUGGGCUCUCCAGGACGUGUGUCUGCGUCAAAGAUGAUGGUAGUUUAGUUGGCUGCAUUAUGUUUGACACUAAGGGCGUGUCUACGCUUACUCCGGAGCGAUCGAUCCAGCGGGGGUUGAUUUAUCGCGUCUAGUCAAGAUACGGUAAAUGGAGAGCUCUCCUGUCGACUCCAGCACUCCACUGGAGUGACAAGUGUAGGUGGAGUCGACUUACCGCAGUGAAGACACCGCGGUAAGUGGAUCUAAGUACGUCGACUUCAGCUUCGUUAUUCAGGUAGCUGAAAUUGCGUAACUUAGAUUGAUUCCCCUUUCCUCCCCCCCGCCCCAGUGUAGACCAGGGCUCCAUUGAGGCCUGAAAGCCACAGCGAGUUACCCACUGUGGCUUUCCCAGGGUCAAAACUUCAGCUUCCCUGCUUUGCAGAUACCUCACUUGAAGGGUUGAAGAGCUGAAGGGAAGAGCUCCCUUGUUGCAGCGUGGAGUCAGAGUGAAGAUUCUGAAAGCUCAAAUUACUUGUUUCUCUUCUGAAAGUCACUGUGACCAGCUGCUGCUGGUAGCUUUUCAUAAAAGGGUGACUUCUGUUGUACUAUUUGUUAAGUGGCUUUUUGUGCUGGGGAGUGGGGCGUACCCCCCAAAUUCCUAAUAUUUGCUUUGCUUGUCAUAUAGUAUUUUUGUAACUUACUGCAUAACGUUUUUAAAACCUGGCUGUUUCCCUUAUACUAAGGUAUGGUUUUGAAAAACUGCACGGCUGCAUAUAUUGCCAACUGCUGUUUGGAUUUUUUGUUCACGGUAUGGUUCCUGCCCACCUCUCCCUCUCCACAAUUUAAGCAAGCCAUGUACUAUGAGGCAAAUGGAAAGUACCUGAUUGGAAGCCACUUCCAUUCUUCUUAGUCUGUAACAUGCUGUUCUGUAUGAGCCAAGAAAUCAAAAUGAAGGAUAAUGUUAACAUCAUCUGACCUCCUAUAUAGGUUAUAUCAUAGCAGACCCAAAUUGUGCAGUGCCCACAGUUAAUUGGCAGGCAGGUAGAUAAGUUUCCUUGUGUAUUUUUUUUUUUUUUUCAUUUAAAACUAACUUGGCGCUCUCGUGAAUUCCAACAUAGUGAAAUGUUUUCACAGAGAGCACAUGCUCAUCUGGUUCAGUGCAGUAUAUUCAAAAGGAAAAGUUAUAAAAGCAGACACCUUAAGAGCUAUUUUAAAAUAAAGGAAGAGGAAAAAACCUUGUACUUGUUAUCAUGGACCUCUGUGAUACUGUAGUGAGAACUGAAACAAGUUUUGUGCUGUUUACAUGUGAAAUGGGUGGAUGUAUUUGAAAAAUGCAAGGCAGUUUUUAAUAAAUCAUUGUUUUAAUUUCUAAA